AUAUCCUCUUUUCUGAUGGUUUUCCUUCCUUUGCUCUUCCAGGCAUCCAUUUUUGAGGCUCUUACUCAGAGCUUUCAGGUUGCAUUUGCUUUGAGGCACUAUUCACUAACUGAAGCAGAAUUACCACCAUCUCGACGCCGCUCCUUGUUUACUCUGGCUACAGCCAUGACAAUUUUCUCUUCAAGAGCUUUCAAUGUGGCACCUCUUAUUCCAAUCUGUAAACAGAUGAUUAAUGACAAAACGGGCGAUCCAUUCCUCCAUAUAGUGGAUGAUAGUAAACUUCAGGCUGUGAAAGAUUCCCCUGAUAACCCAUCGAAAAUAUACGGAUCACCAGAGGACAAUGCUAGCGCGUUGAAGGCCCUUGAAGCAAUAGAAGUAUCAGAAAAUCAAUCUCGAGAGUGCAUCGUCUCUACAAUCAUGAACAAUAUAGCAAAUAUUAUUGAUGCAGAGUUGCACAGUGUGAGAAGCCAACUGCUAAGUGACUUUGCUCCCGAUGACAUGUGCCCAAUGAGCAAUCAGUUCUUUGAAGAAUCUGCUGAGCAUUCAGUAUCAGGAUCUCAUGAGAAUGGCCACCAUGAAGAGGCUAUGCUGAUUGACCUGGGAAAUGAGAACGAUAUCUUUGGGGAAGCUUCAGGAAGUACAGCAACUUCUGCAACAUCUGUACCUACUGCAGAUCUUAUGAGUAUUGAUCAGCUUCUCGAAACAGUCGGCGCAGACCCUGCACAUCAUACGGAAAAAUCUUUCGUGUCAGCAGACAUGCCAUACAUGGAAAUGACGAGCCAAUGCGAAGCCCUGACGAUGGGGAAACAGCAGAAGAUGUCUACCUUCAUGAGCUUCCAGACGAACAUGCAAGCAGCUCCCCUGCCAAGCCACCAGCCCAACCAGAUGGAGAUGGCUCUUUUCCAUGAUCCGCCGUUGCCUCAGCAGGCCGGGGCGCAGAGCACCAACCCGUUCGCUGACGACAACUUCAAGGCUUACCCUGAGUACACGAACACCAGCAACCCGCAGCCGGCAGACGAUCCCUUCCAGCAACAUUUCCUGAAGCUGCCGGCGUCAAGCCCCUACGACCACUUCCUCAGGGCUGCUGGCUGCUGAGGUGAAUGAGUUUCUGCCCGGAGCAGCAGCAGCAGCAGCAAGUCUGUCGUGUCACGUCUCGACGCAUGGUACCGAAACAGGUACGUAGUUCGCACGGAUCAGGAUCUCAGGUUGCUCACCAGAAAUGUGGCAAUGCCCAUGAAUGGUUUUUGCCGGAAAAAGGCUGUAAUAUAUCCGCGCGCGCACGCACGCGCUGUUAGAGGGUCGACCGGAUUCAGCACCCAUUCUUUCCAUUCUUUGUGUAUAAUAGUGGUAUAUAGGUUGGUUGCUGUGUUGUAUAUUAUCUCCAUCUCGGCGACGCGUAGAGAGGGAUUGGGGGGGGGGGGGGGGGGGGGGGGGGGGGGGGAGCAGUGCCUUCUGCCCCAGAAUUGUGUGCAUCCAUGUAACAUAACAUGCUGCCUCAAUGGCAGCAGAUUGCAGGAAUAUAUGAUGAAAAUGGUGUGUAUAAUAUGUGUAAAAAGAAGUACUCCCCCAUCUACCAGAACAUGCAUCUGAAUGAUUGCCA